AGAGACCAUGUGGCCACUCAGGUUGGGGCUGGCUGGAGGGCUUCAGCACAGCCAACCCCAGCUCUCAACGAGAUUCUGGGUGCCGGUUUGAAGUCAUGAAACACCAUCUCAUUGAGCAUAGGGGAGAACAGACACCUGGGACCGCCGUGGGCAUGGCCAGCCCAGACGCCGCAGAGGAGAGCACAGGAGUGUGCUGGCCAGGUGGGGCCAUGAGGAGGAAUGAGUCAUCUCCGCGGCCAGGGCCUGCCUUCCUCCCUGACGAUGACAUCUACUUGGCAGCCCGGGCACAGGGGGUGCUGGGUUGGAGCAGCUCUCCAUCAUCCCAGUCGUCCUCCGAGUAUCAGUCCUACUCUCAGUACCAGUCCUGGGACUCCAGCAAAUCUGAGGAGCAGCAGGAGACUCCACCUGAGAGCGUGUGCGCCCUGUAUACCCACGUGCAGACUGUGCGCGGCGUGGCAGUGGCUUGGGAGACUGAUGAUGGCUUUGAGCCAGUCACCAGGAAGCCCCUUAUCCGGGAGGCUGAGUUCAUCAAGCGUCAGCGGCGGAAAGGCUCCUCCUUUGAGAUGGCCUCCAACACAGACCUGCGCUGGGAGCUGGAAGACUGCAAGCACUACUGCCCGCAGACUGAGGACCCUGUGGACUGCUGCAUGCAGGAGCUACGAGCACCACCAGACUGGCUGGUCACCACCAACCAUGGCUUGCGCUGUGUGGCCUGCUGCAGAGUCUUCCCUACGCUGGAGGCUCUGCUGGACCACGCCCAGCAUGGCAUCCAAGAUGGCUUCAGCUGCCAAAUAUUCUUCGAGGAGAUGCUGGAAAGGAAGCGGACCCGGGAUCAAAAGCAGGACCAACAGCCUGUAGAAGAGGAGCAGAGCCUUUCGGACAGUAGUGAAUGUACCAGGCUCCUAACCAAGGUGCUUCCCUGGCAGCAGCAGCCGCAGCAGCAGCCGCAGGAGCAACAGAAGCAGCAGCAGCAGCAACAGCAGAAGCAGCGGCAGCAGGAGCAGCAGCAACAUCAACAGCAGCAGCAGCAGCCGCAGCCACUGAAGCAGCAGCAGCAGCAGCAGCAGCAGCAGCCAUUGCAGCCGCAGCCACUGAAGCAGCAGCCGUUGCAGCCGUUGCAGCCGCAGCCGCAGCCACAGCCACAGAAGCAGCAGCAAAGGCAGCAGCAGAGGCAGCAGCAGCCACCGCGACAGCAGCAGAAACAACAGCCACUGCAGCAACAGGGAAAGUAGAGAUCGGAGGUGAGCUGCCCACCCUCCCUCCAGCAUUUUGAAUUGCUGCUCCUUUUCCAGCCAGCCGAACCAGAGCCACCAGAGCAGGGGGAGAGGACCAGGGUGAUGGGGAGAAGAGCCAUCCAUGUGGCUGUGGAGCAGCAAAGGUGGGAGGAAUGGGAACCUUUCCCCAAGGCGGAGUCCAUUUCAAAACCGGAAUCCAAAGAAGAGGGCUUCAAGAGUUCUUGAUGGUGGAUGCAAGAUGGGAAACAAGCAAGCAUGUGGCCACAGGGAUUUCUAUUUUUUGCGGAAGGAUCAGCAGUAGUCCACACUUGCUAUCCAAGUACAUGUGACUCACAGGCAAGCCAACUGCAAAUGAAGCUUCAGCCCUAUUUUUUUCAUUGUUAGGAAUCUGUCAUAUGCCCUAAUUCUAUGUUGUUGGGAUUAAACUUGAAUAAGCCAAA